AUGGGCACAGUUAAAGCGGUGGCUAUUAUCUCCGGCAAUAACAAUGUCAAAGGCACCCUCCAAUUUCUUCAACAACGCCCAACUGGAGCCACCCAUGUCAAAGGAAGAAUUAGUGGACUCGGUCCUGGCCUCCAUGGUUUCCAUAUUCACGCUCUUGGCGACACCACCAAUGGUUGCAAUUCAACUGGACCCCACUAUAAUCCCUUGAAGAGGGAUCAUGGAGCUCCAAUUGAUGAAGAACGUCAUGCCGGUGAUCUGGGAAAUAUAGUUGCUGGUCCAGAUGGGAUUGCUGAGAUUUCAAUUACAGACAAGCAGAUUCCACUGACUGGUCAACAUUCGAUUUUGGGAAGAGCUGUUGUUGUGCAUGCUGAUCCCGAUGACCUAGGAAGAGGUGGACAUGAACUUAGCAAGACCACAGGGAAUGCGGGUGCCAGAGUUGGAUGUGGUAUCAUUGGACUUCAAUCAUCGGUUUAG